UGCUCUAAGUAAAGGCAUUAGGCUUCUCCAGCCAACUCUCCUCAAACCUGCUCCUUCCCUCUGCCUGCUUGCUUCGCCGCUCGCCUCUUCGGCUCUUCUCUCGAUCCAUACAAUCAAGGAUCAGCACCUCUCCAAACUCGAAGCCUGCAGGUCUUGGAUCUUUAGGACAAUAAAAUGGGAGGCAAGUCUAGCAAAUAUAACAGUAAUCUGGUGCAGGACAAUAAAAUGGGAGGCGAGUCUAGCAAAUAUAACAGCAAUCUGGUGCAGGACAAUAAAAUGGGAGGCGAGUCUAGCAAAUAUCACAGCAAUCUGGUGCAGGACAAUAAAAUGGGAGGCGAGUCUAGCAAAUAUGACAGCAAUCUGGUGCAGGACAAUAAAAUGAGUGGCGAGUGUAGCAAACAUAACGACAAUGACAAUCUGGAAUUGAUGUUAUGGGACCAAACAUCACUACCACCAAAAUUAUCAUUUCAGUAUCUGAAAAUGAUCACAAACAACUUCUCUGAUGAGCAUGCUCUCGGUAGUGGUGGUUCGGGUGUGGUAUACAAGGGAAGGAUGAGUAAUGGAGAAGUCAUUGCUGUGAAGAAACUUCAACCGUCAUUGCCCAGCGUUCAGAGGCUGUUUGAAAAUGAGGUGUAUCGUCUGAUGUACCUUAAUCACCCGCAUAUAGUGCGACUUCGAGGGUACUGCUACGAAACACAGUAUGUAUGUGUAGAGCACAAUGGGACUCUCGUCUUUGCGGAAAUAUCAGAAAGGCUGCUUUGCUUGCAAUAUUAUCCUAAGGGAAGCCUUGCUGGUUAUAUUUCAGAUGAAUCUUCGGGACUGAAGUGGGACACCCGCUAUAACAUAAUUGUCGGGAUUUGCUAUGCUUUAAAGUACCUUCAUGAGGAAAAUGAUAAGCCGGUGCUCCAUAUGGACCUAAAGCCGGCCAACAUAUUGCUGGAUGAUGCUAUGAGGGCGAAGAUUACAGACUUCGGUCUUGCAAGACUACUCGAUCCACAACAAACUAUAAUCACUUCAAGUCGUGAUGGAACACUGGGUUACAUGGCACCUGAAUACCUACAUGGAGGUAAGGUCACUACUAAAUCAGACAUAUUCAGUUUGGGUGCAAUAAUUUUGGAGGUAAUAACAGGACACAAAGACUACACCUCCGAGAGAUUUAUGGAGCUUACACUUGAUAGAUGGAGGUCGAGAAAUCCAUUGAACAAGUCACCAGGCUAUAUACCAAAAAUAAGAAGAUGCAUUGAGAUAGGUUUAGCAUGUGUGAAUCCUGAGCGGAAGGGAAGGCCAACAACUGGCGAGCUUAUCAAGUUGCUAGAAGGAAGAUUGACGUUAGACGAGAUUGCAGUGUCUAGAAUGGAAGUGGAACCAACCUAUUUCCCGCCGGACCUAACUGCCAUCCACGAGAUUCUAGAGAAGGAGAGAUACAAAGAAGACCAAGAGAUUGCAUCUGAGCUGUCUUUCCAAAUGUGGACAGAACAAACGGCAGACAUGUUGACGAAAAGAAAAAGGGGUGAUGUUGCAUUCAGAGCUGGAGAUUUUCAGGUAGCAUUGGAUAAUUUUACUGAGUUUAUUGAUACUGGGACAAUGAUUUCACUGGUUGUUUAUGCCAGACGUAGCUUGUGCUACCUUAUGUUAAACCAACUUGAUGCUGCCCUCCAAGACUUGAAGAAAAUAGAAGAUAUCAUUUUAAAAUGGAACAUUAAGAAAUGGCCCACGGUACUCUACAUGGAGGAAGUUGUGGUUUCAAUGCUGGACAGCCAGAUGCGUCGUAGGGCAACCGAAAUGUUGAAUGAGGAAUCACACCUCGAAGAGGAGAGGCGUGGGAAAGAAACUUUCAGCUUUCAAACCAAUGAUGGAUUCACGUUCCCAAAAUUGAGCCAAUAGUGCAUCUAUUAGUAGACAGUCACACUUGUAGAAAUGGACUCUUCUGGUAAUAACAGUUUGUCUAAGCCCCCUUUCUCGCCGC